AUGGCAAUGAUCGAAGAAAUCAAAACUGAAUUAAACAAAGCAGAAGUGAGAUUGGACGAGGCAACGAAGAAUUUGGAAAUUUUCAUGAAGAAGGAGAAUUUAGAGAAGUUUGAGAAAAGGUGGGAAACAGAAGCGAUGAAAGAAGAGAAGAAGUUGUUGAAGGCGGAGAAGAAGAGAUGGGGAGAUGAA